AACAAUACUUCAACAGUACAAAACAGUCUGUUGAAGGAAUCGUGCACAGAAAUAGUUCAGGACAAGACUGUUGCAGAAGUAGUUCAUGAUAAGACAAUUGCAGAAGUUUAGAACAAGACUGUACAGCAAGAGUAACUCGUAACAAGACUGUUGCAGUAGUUCAUGACAAGACUGUUGCAGGAGUAAUUCAUGACAAGACUGUUGCAGACGUUCAUGACAAGACUGUUGCAAAAUGUCUGAAAAAACAGUAGAGGGGACUACCUCAAAUGGGGUACAGCUUGAACUGAUGAAGGAUGCUAGUAAAGUACCUACUUAUAAUGGGGAGGAUGCCAUAAAGGCUUCUGAAAUGAACAGCUCUAAUUCCGAGCCUGUGGCUAAUAUGGAUACAUCAGGACUCGUUGAUGAGGAUGCAUCUAACGAUCCACAUAAAGAUGUAGAGACUAGCAACAUUCCCAUGGCAACGUUUAACAUUAUCAACUCUAUUAUUGGAUCGGGACUUAUUGGCAUUCCAUAUGCUGUCCUACAAUCAGGCAUCGGCCUUGGGGCUUUCCUCCUUGUGUUUGUAGGUGUAAUCACAGAUUAUUCCCUUAGUUUACUGAUUGAAGGUGGAAUUAUUAUGAAAACUAGGAGUUACCAGGGUUUAGCAAAGGAGACCUUUGGAAACAUAGGAUAUGGCGUCGUCUCUGCCACUCAGUUUUCUCAGCCUUUCUUCUCAAUGGUAGCCUACAACGUCAUCAUAGGGGAUACAAUUACAAAGCUUGUCAAGAGGGCAGGAGGAGAAGCAAUCAAGAACUCUGUGCUGACUAACCGACAUUUCAUAGUUUUCCUGGCUACUCUGUUUGUGACGCUACCUCUUUCCCUUUACAAGAACAUAGCAGCUCUAAGCAAGUGGGGUCUUGCCUCUAUAGUGUUAAUCUCUUCACUGAUAGUCUUCAUCAUUAUUAAGCUGGCCCUUAUGGGAAAUAGCAUACCAGAUGUUGAGGGUGACUGGGACUUUGGUAAAGGGUCCUUUGUUGUAGCGAUUACUAUAAUGUCACAUGCUUACAUAUGCCAUCACAAUGCAUUUCUUGUCUAUGAGUCGCUGUCUGAGAGAACACUUAACACUUGGAACAAAGUGACACAUCUUAGCUGUUUAUACUCUGCCUUAUGUUUGAUUCUAACAGGAAUCUGUGGUUAUUCAACAUUCAAAGGAUAUACACAAGGUGAUUUACUUGAGAACUAUUGCUACAAAGAUGACUUCGCAAAUGUUUUCCGUGUUGUCUUCACAGUUAUAGUUGCCUUGACAUAUCCAAUAGAAUGCUUUGUCACAAGAGAGGUGAUUGAAAAUGUCUUCUUUUCUAAGUACAAGGAGUCUACAAUACGACAUGCUAUUUUGACAAUAGUACUAGUUGGAGUUGCAUUCGCUGCUGCUACAAUAACAGACUGUUUACAUAUAGUGCUCUCUAUAAAUGGAUCUAUAUCUGCCGUGCCUUUGAUUUUUAUCUUUCCUGCACUGUUUUACAUGAAAGUCCGUGAAGAAAAGCUACUCCAUUGGAAGAACAUCCUCCCCCUGUUUCUCAUAUUACUUGGAAUAUUUCUGUCUAUUGGUGGAAUCUUCUUCAGUAUACAGUCAAUAUUAUCAGGAGACACAUGCAGCCAUGGGGAGGAACUCUGGUAUUGU